AUGGCUAGAUCAGCUAAAGGCAUCUCUUUGUGCCAACGCAAGUAUGCUUUAGACAUCUUGCAAGACAGUGGAUUUUUAGGAUGCAAACCUAUAGCCUUUCCUAUGGAAUCUACCCUAAAAUUGAGUGUCAAUAAUUCAUCUCCUCCUUUGCCAGACCCUGCAUUAUAUAGAAGACUUGUUGGCCGUCUACUAUACCUCACUAUAACCAGACUUGACCUAUCUUACUCAGUACAAGCAUUAAGCCAGUUCAUGGCUAAACCUAGUACCAAGCACUUUCAAGAUGCUGAAAGGGUUCUCAGAUACAUUAAAGCAACAACAGGCCAAGACAUUUUCUUAUCUGCAGAUUCUCCUCUCCAUUUAAAAGCUUAUUCAGACAGUGACUGGGGUGGAUGUAUUGAUACUAGAAGAAGUGUCACUGGUUUUACAAUGUUUAUUGGAGAUUCUCUCAUCUCAUGGAAGUUAAAGAAACAACCAACUAUUAGUCGAUCCUCAACUGAGUCUGAAUACAGAGCUCUAGCCUCUACUACAUGUGAAAUUCAAUGGUUAAUGUAUCUACUAGCUAACUUACAUAUUCCCCAUCCACAAGCUAUUUUGCUUUACACUGACAGCAAACCAGCUUCUGAAAUUGCAUCAAAUCCUGUUCAACAUGAAAGGACAAAACACAUCCAGCUAGAUUGCCAUCUGGUUCGAGAAAAAUUACAAGAAUGA